GCGCCGCGACAGGGGUGGGACGCCGGCCCCUUUAUAAGCUGUGCCCACGUCUGGUUCGUCAGUCAGUUGAGUGUCUGUCGUCUGCCAGUCGUGCAGUGCAUCCUCCGCUAUCACGGAAUACUAUUUAUUUUUUACUAAACUUUUUACCAAUAAAAACUAAUCUAACAAAAUGUGUGACGAAGAAGUUGCCGCACUCGUCGUUGACAAUGGAUCCGGUAUGUGCAAAGCCGGUUUCGCCGGUGAUGACGCGCCUCGCGCCGUCUUCCCCUCGAUCGUGGGCCGCCCGCGUCAUCAGGGUGUGAUGGUCGGUAUGGGUCAGAAGGACUCGUACGUAGGUGAUGAGGCCCAAUCCAAACGUGGUAUCCUCACCCUGAAAUACCCGAUCGAGCACGGUAUCGUCACCAACUGGGACGAUAUGGAGAAGAUCUGGCAUCACACCUUCUACAAUGAGUUGCGUGUUGCCCCCGAGGAGCACCCCGUUCUGCUCACCGAAGCCCCGCUCAAUCCCAAGGCCAAUCGUGAGAAGAUGACUCAGAUCAUGUUUGAGACAUUCAACACCCCAGCCAUGUACGUCGCCAUUCAGGCCGUGCUCUCCUUGUACGCUUCCGGUCGUACCACCGGUAUCGUGCUUGACUCCGGUGAUGGUGUCUCCCACACCGUACCCAUCUACGAAGGUUAUGCCUUGCCGCAUGCCAUCCUUCGUCUGGAUCUGGCUGGUCGUGACUUGACCGACUACUUGAUGAAGAUCCUCACUGAGCGUGGCUACAGCUUCACCACCACCGCCGAGCGUGAAAUCGUUCGUGACAUCAAGGAGAAACUCUGCUAUGUCGCUUUGGACUUCGAACAGGAGAUGGCCACCGCUGCCAGCAGCAGCUCGCUCGAGAAGAGCUACGAGCUUCCCGACGGUCAGGUCAUCACCAUCGGAAACGAGCGCUUCCGUUGCCCAGAGGCUCUCUUCCAGCCCUCGUUCCUGGGUAUGGAAGCCUGCGGCAUCCACGAGACCACCUACAACUCCAUCAUGAAGUGCGACGUUGAUAUCCGUAAGGACUUGUACGCCAACACCGUCUUGUCUGGCGGUACCACCAUGUACCCAGGCAUCGCUGACCGCAUGCAGAAGGAGAUCACCGCCCUCGCCCCGUCGACCAUGAAGAUCAAGAUCAUCGCACCACCGGAGCGCAAGUACUCCGUCUGGAUCGGUGGCUCCAUCCUUGCCUCGCUGAGCACCUUCCAGCAGAUGUGGAUCUCCAAGCAGGAGUACGACGAGUCCGGCCCGUCCAUCGUCCACAGGAAAUGCUUCUAAACUGCUGCUGCUUUGUUUUCACAUGCAGAUCAGAAAUUUUUAAUUCUACACAUUUAUUUAAUACACGAUUCAUAUACAUAUAACAACAAUGCGACGAUUCCAAAAUGCACAUUCCAGCUGGGAGAAAACCCCUAAAUCGCCACCACACUCUACUUUCGUUCUCAACUUCUACUGCCAUCGGAGCGCCGGCAGUAGCGCGCUCUACCCCUCCCCACGCCAGAAGUUCUUUCGAAGCCAAAGCAUCAACGUCCCAAAUCCCUUGCCUAAUCGCCCAAUUCCCGUUCCCGGCGAACACUACAUCGAUUAAUUUUGCUUUUUACGACAUACACGUACACUACUAUAUUUAUUGAUUGUAUUAGAACGACGAGAAGCCAGGCGUCGCUAGACUAGCGCGAGACACUGAAUGUUAGCCCGACGGAACAUCCAAGUCGACGACAACAGAUAACAACAUUUAUAAUUAAUUAUUAGGUUAACUUGGGAUAUAAUAAAAUAUAAAAGAAUA